UACACACCCACCCGCUUUUGUAAACCUGGGAGGUGGUUUCCGAGCUCGCCUGGGCAGCAAUGUCAGGCCCCAAUGGAGAGCCGCACCUGAGCCUGGGGAGGGGCGAGGAAGAGGACCGGGAGGACGGCGAGGAGCACAAUGGCUUCGGGGAGGCAGAAUAUGCAGCUAUAAAUUCUAUGCUGGACCAGAUCAACUCUUGUUUGGAUCACCUGGAGGAGAAGAACGACCACCUUCACGCCCGCUUGAAGGAGCUGUUGGAAUCCAACCGUCAGACACGCCUGGAGUUUCAGCAGCAGCUGAGCGAAGGGGAGGACGGGGAGAAUGACAUGCAGAGACCUCAGCCAGACACUUAAUGCCCACCUACCUUCGUGGGAUAAAAGGUGUGGGCACAUGGUUGCUGCUUCCAGGGGGACCUCCCCUUCACCAUGGGGUUAGUGUUUGAGUAGAACACUUGGUUUGUUUGUGUGUUUUAAAUAUCUCUUACCUGCUCUCCUCUCCUCCGGAGUUGUGGUUAUGGCUUCUUACGUUGUUAAGCUCUCAAGGAAACGGGGGCUGCUUGUUUGUCAAGGGUAGAGGGCAAGAACUGGAUAGGUCUAAGCUGAACCACACGUCAAGAUUUAUGUUGAGGAUUUACGUCCUUUCUAGAUGAAUUUACCACGGCAAGAAUUGGGAGGCUCUUGAGAAAAAUCUGAUUCCCAAGGUUGCUAGCCCCUACUUCUGUCUGGCUAGAUGUAGUUCCAUGAUUAGAUACAUGAAACCAAGGUCUCCUUAGUUUUGACAGAAAUUGUUGGUUAUUAGCAGGGCUGUCUUAAACAUAUCCAGCGCCGUGGUGCAAAGAUCCCUCCGGC